AUCAAUAACAUUCUUCUGUCAAACUAUUACACAGCCACUCACAAAGAGAAAACUUUUUCAUGGCUUAAAUCCAGUGAAAUCGUUCGGAAAAAUUCAACCGUAAUUUGACGAUAAUUCGUUUUCACUUUCAUCUUCGACUCGCUCCCGGAGUGUAUCCGUGGAACGCCUGCCUGAGUGAUUGCAAUAGUGCAGUUUCAGGCUAACAAUCGUGUGUAUUUUAGCCGCGCAAUCUUUCUAGUCAAAUCAACAAAACAGAUUACAACGAUGAACAUCAAAAUGCCAGACUUUGAUGUUAAAAAAUUCGUAAAGGAUGCGGGUUCCACACUUUCCCGGGUCGUACAGCUCACAGAGGAAAAGCUGGGCACAUCGGAGAAAACGGAAAUGGAUUCGCAUUUCGAGCUUCUCAGUGAACGAUCAGAUUGCGCCCGUACGUGGACCGAGAAAAUUGUACGGGAUACCGAGGCGGCACUGAUACCGAAUCCAGCAAAUCGAGUGGAAGAUUUCAUAUUCGAAAGAAUGGAAAAAGCCAAACCGAAACGGCUAGGCAAUCUCGAGUACCUGGGACUGGAUAUGAUCGAGGGUGGAGGCGAGUUCGGUCAGGAUGGCGCGUACGGCAGUGCGCUGAUCAAAGUUGGACAGGCGCAACAGAAGCUUGGAUCUUGCGAGCGGGAUUUCAUCGGUUCCGCUGGAAUGUGCUUCAUUCAACCGCUAAAGAAGUUUUUAGAGGGGGAAAUGAAAACCAUUACCAAAGAGAAAGGAAUAUUGGAGAGUAAGAGAUUGGAUUUGGACGCAUGCAAAAAUAAAGUACGAAAGGCGAGAAGCAUGCUUGGCCAGCAGACGAAGGACGGAAUUUCUCCCGAAGCUGCCCUCGAGCAGGCUGAACGCGACCUACGAGUAGCACAAUCAGAAUUUGAUCGUCAGGCGGAAAUUACGAAACUGCUACUUGAGGGAAUUAGCACAACGCAGGCAACGCACCUGCGACAUUUGCAUGCGUUCGUUGAAACCCAAGUGCGUUACUACGGGCAGUGCAACAAAAUCAUGAGUGAUCUGCAACGAGAAUUGGCCAGCAUGCGUCCAUCAGCGCCACGCUUGCGCGUGAACAGUGAGGAUGUAGACCUCUCUAGUGGACCUCCCUAUCUCAGUCCAUCACAAUUAACACAAGGCGGUAGCCCACAGCAGCAGACGAUAACGUUGCAUCCAGUCCAAGUACCGCGAAAGCCACGGGUUUCCCCCGCGGCCUAUCCUAUCGCGACGGACGACAGCGUUAUCGCUGAACUAGUGGCAAACAGCGAUCCCAGCGACAUCUCCGAGCUUUAGACUACAUACGUUCCUUCCAUAUCCCGUCCAUGACCUCCGAAUAUCUACUCUAAUGUAUGUACCUCCAACGCGAGCUUUCUCUUCCCUUCCUACUUCGCUCUGGAAUGUCUAGGACGUUUCUAGUUUCAGUUUACUGCAAUGGAUGUAAUGUUUUCUGAGUACUAGUAGUUUGUAACUUUUAUGUGUUUGGGUUAUCGACCCAAGAAAUGUAAAAAAUGUAAAAUGUUUUUAUUAGAGUAGUUUACUAGAUAGGAUUGAGGAAAUAUUAUCUGCUUAUCAUUAUUUCGUGGGAUUUCUAACCGAUUAUAUAUCGUUUUAUAAAUCGAUACCAAUACGAGAAAGAGAAGUAAUUACUACGAGGAGGCACGAACAAUACCGUAGCUGCCUUGUCCAUUGAGUGAUUUGACGCAGAGUAGAAACGAGUGACGAACGAGUAGAAUUGCGCCAGAACUGAUAUAUCUUCCGUAAUAAAUUAGAAUACAUUAAAGCGUGAGAAGAUACACAGAUAAAAAGUAAACCGAUCAACGCAAUCUGGAACUGAACGGCAACAACUUUUAUUAUAAAUGCCUACUUACCCAGCACGAGCGGAUGCAGAGAACAUUUCAAUGAAGAAAACGAAUUUGUCGAAAGAAACUUGAUAGGAAUUGAAUAUGAUGAAUCCGUCAACCUGAAGCAACGCAAAGAGAUAGUUUUCCGAAAGAUGAAAGCAAGCUGUUGUAUUUGCAAUCUAACGAUAACUCGAGGAGCAACAAAACAUGAACACAUGCGAAUUGAUUGGAAACUCCCCUGUUCCCACCGUUUCGUUACGCGCAAUUAUCGAACCGAAUUGUCAACUCUGAAUUGAUCGGAUGCGUUUCUGGAAAUCGUACGGCUUGUGAAUGUUUGCUUGGAAAUUAAAUCAUCUACUACAUAGGAAACAUAUGCACUGGAUUCAAAAUUGCCAUUAAAAUUUAAUUCAAUCGCUUCUAUCGAUUAAUCUGAAAAUUUCUGGUUCUGCAGUUUCCCUAACCAGUUAAAAAAUCGCCAAUUUGCUAGUUCGCUGACUAAAAAAUUGCCUCAUAUAUUAUCGAGUUAGCGAAAUCAUAUCAACCACUCGCAACGUAAAUCCAGUCGAACAAACGACGAGCUUACUUUUACAAUGAAAAAAUCCUGAAUAUUGUUUAUUUUUGCGUUUUUUUUUCAACGCAAUUAUUAUUUGAGCACAAAUACUUUGGGUGUUUAGAGUCUAACGCAGUCUUUAAAACAAAUGAGAACACAAAGUUCAUUGUAGUCUUCCUUUGAUGGAUCCUAAUGACCACUCCAAAAUCGUGUCCUCCUUUCCCAGCAUUUUUCUCUGUUCCUCCUACGCUGCUGUCCUUGUUCCGUUGAUUGCUUUCUAAUUGGCUCCAUCCGCUGAUAUAUCCGUCCACCCAU